AUGACUCGUGUCUUUAUGGAUAUUUCGGCUGACGCGAAGCCAAUCGGUCGAUUAGUUUUUAAGCUUAACACCGAUAUUUGUCCUCGAACAUGUGAAAACUUUCGUCGAUUGUGCACUGGCGAAAUGGGGUUUGGAUACAAGAAGUGCAUCUUCUACCGAGUUGUUCCAACAUUUUGUGCCUGUUCGGGCGAUUUCGAAACUCAGAACGAGACGCGAGAGGGCGGAAAAUCAACGUUCGGCACAAAAUAUUUCGACGAUGAAAACUUUGUGAUUCGCCAUACAAAACGAGGAAUUCUUGGAAUGGAUAAUUAUGGAUGGGAAAAUACGAAUAGCAGCCGAUUCUACAUUACAUUUGCACCGGCUUCGUGGAUGGACAACUUUCAUGUAGCAUUUGGAGAACUCGUUGAGGGAUUUGACGUUCUUGACAAAAUUGAAAGCCUUGGCGUUCUUGAAGGGAACGGCCCACAACGUGGAAGAACAACACAGAAAAUAACAAUCGAAAACUGCGGACAACUAUAA